GGCGGCACUGACUGGCACUGAUAGGUGGCACUGAUUGGCAUCACUGAUAGGUGGCACUGAUGGGUGACAAUGAAGGGCAGCUCAGAUGGGCACAGAUUUUUGGCAUUGAUGUGCACUGGUAUGCACCGAUAUGUGGCAUUGUGGCACUGUUCAGCUGGCACUGAUGGACUCUGAGAGGUGGCACUUCUGGGGCCACACUGAUCAUCAGUGCCCCGAUGAUCACUGUCAGCGUGAGGACAGUUCUGAGGAUUUGGAU